ACAGGUAGGACACACAGCACAUUGCACCAUUCUGGACAGAGGUGCCUGUGAGCCUUACAGAACCUCAAGCUUCUCUCAAAAAGGCAGGCACAGCAGAGACAACACACACCAUGGGGUCCUCUUCAGUGUCGGCCCACAUAGAACUUGUCCACUAUCAAGGGCUCCUGCUGGUUGUCUCACUCUUAAACUUCUGGAUCCACCCUACCACAGCCCAAGUGACAGUUCAUUCGAAGAAUGCUCUUGAAGGAACUGAUGUGCAUCUAUAUAUCCACCAUACAGCUCCCAAAGCAGCAGGCUUCCUGUGGUACAAGGGAGAAACCAUUGACAGCCAUCAUUAUAUUGCAUCUCUUUCACUAAACCCAAGAAUCCAUAAAAGCGGUCCUCCAGAUGAACGAGUGAUAGUAGAGGAAGAUGGGUCCUUGUUGUUCAAGAAUGUCACCAUGAAAGACUCAGGAAUCUACACCAUACUGGUGCAACUACAAGGCUGUCAAAAAAUGAUAGCAUGUGGACGGCUUACUGUAUACCCGUUUGUGAGUGGGCCCACCCUCCUAGCCAGCAACACUACAGUCACAGAGAAUAAGGAUGCUGUGGUCUUGACCUGCGACACAAACGCUCACGCCAUCCAGUGGUUGUUCAAAGGCACAAGUCUGACUCUCACAGAAAGAAUAACGCUGUCACGUGAUCACAGAAACCUCACCAUAUACCCUGUCCUGAGGGAGGAUGCUGGUAAUUACCAGUGUAAAGGCUUCAACCCCAUAAAUUCUGCUAAAAGUGCAUCACUUGCUCUGGAUGUGAAAUUUGAGUGAUCCUCCUUUCCCACUCUAUGUUGUUAAACUCUAAAUAAAGUGGGUUUUUUGCAAUAUCAUAGUUGAUUCAUGCUGAGGGUGAAUAGUUCUUAAAUAUUUGC